UGCGCUGCCGCUGCCGACGAAGGUGCCGCCGGACCGGACACGUACAUGUAUACGUGCGGCGCGGCGUAGCGUGUGUGUGCGGCUCUCCGGCUGGACGACAGCGAGCGAGCGAGAGCGAAAGAGAGAGAGAGGGAUCUCGCCGGAAGAUUUUCGUUAUGUAUCGAUUUACUACGUAAAUACGUGUUCUCCCUCGCGCGGCAAACGAAGCGGCAGAUGGAGCACGCGGAAUGAGAGGCUGCGGCACCGGUAGCGAGACAGCAAGAAGACAUGGAAGCCGCGGUGAUAGAAGUUCUACGACAGGCGGUCAGUCAGGACCCCAACGUCUUCAAGUCUGCGGAGGAAACGCUGAAGCAAUGGGAGACUCAGCAAGGAUUUUAUAUAGCGUUAUAUAAUGUUCUUUCAAAUCAUUCCUUGGCUAUUGAAGUCAGAUGGAUGGCUGUAGUGUAUCUGAAGAUCGGGGUUGAGAGAUACUGGAGGAAAAAUGCGCCAAACGCGAUCGAAGACAAUGAGAAGGAAUUUCUGCGGCAGCACCUGCUCAGGAAUUUCGAAGAACCUAUGAAUCCAUUAGCUGUACAAUUAGCAGUCGUUAUUGCCAAGAUAGCAAGGUAUGAUUGCCCUAGAGAAUGGGGUACACUGGUACCGACACUGUUGGAAGUUAUAAGGCAGGAAAAUCCCUUGGCGCAGCGUCGGGCGUUGUUGACGCUGCAGCAUGUCGUUAAGGCUUUGGCAUCUCGACGCUUAGCCGACGGACAGAGGCUCUUCCGAGAAUUGACUGCGACCAUGUUCAAUUUUAUUCUAAACCUAUGGAACACUUACACCGAAUCCUUCCUGAUUAUGGCGUCCAAUGGGGCCGACGUCAAUCAGACACAGGAAACCUUAGAAAAAGCACUUCUACUAUUAAGAAUACUUAGGCAACUGAUCGUAAAUGGUUUCUCCAAACCAUCCGAAUCUCAAGAUGCCAUGUUGUUUCUGAAAGUCGUUUUCGAGCGUGCAAGGGCCUGCCUUGAGUGCCGAAAAACAUUAGCCUCUAGAGGCGUGCAAGUGGAUAUGUGCGAGAAGUUUAUAAUACAUUUGACCAAAGUUUUAAUAGGAGUCUUAGAGAUGCAUCCGUUUUGCUACGUGGAACUCAUACCGACUUCACUAGAGUUCUCCGUUUUUUACUGCUUCACAGAAGCUGGCCAAGCGUUAGCAUUUGAAAGAUUUAUUAUUCAGUGUCUAAAUUUAGUAAAAACCAUUUUAUUAUCGACGUAUUACAGACCAGCUAAGGUUAUUGAACAGACGAAAGAUUCAUUGGUUUUGAGGGCGUGUCAAUUGAGGCAAGAGUUUUUCACACCGGAAACAUUAACGGAGAUUUGCUCCAGGCUCGUCACGCAUUACUUCCUUUUGACACCUGCGGAUCUUGAAAUGUGGGAUACUAACCCAGAAAAUUUCGCUAUUGACGACGGCGGAGAAUCGUGGAAAUAUAGUUUGAGGCCUUGCACAGAAUCCUUAUUUUUGGCGAUCUUCCAUCACUUUAGAGAUGUUCUCGCUUCGGUUCUGGUUGAUUUGAUGCGACAGCAUCACCAACCUGUCGAUCCCAACAACCUGCACGCAAUUCUAGUGAAGGACGCGGUUUAUCGCGCGGUUGGAUUGGCCGCAUUCGAUUUGUAUGACGAAGUGAACUUCGACCAGUGGUUUUCGACGACUCUAAAAGAGGAAUUAAAGGUCCGAAAUAACAAUUAUAGGAUUAUCAGAAGACGUGUGUGUUGGCUGAUUGGUCAAUGGACGAAUAUUAAAUUAAGUGCGGAAUUGAGGCCGGAAUUGUACAAGCUCUUGGUAGAAACACUAAAUCCCGAGGAGGAUUUGGGGGUUCGUUUAGCAGUGAGCAACGCCUUGAAACGAGCGAUCGAUGAUUUUCAGUUUAAUUCGGAGGAGUUUAUUCCUUUCCUAGAGCCAAUCUUCUCUCUACUUUUCGCACUUCUUAAGGAAGUAAACGAAUGCGAUACAAAGAUGCAUGUGCUGUAUGUGCUAUCUUUCAUCAUCGAACGUGUCGGCAGUCUAAUCAAGCCGCAUGUCGGUGCAUUCAGCUCCUAUCUACCUGAACUUUGGCAGCAAUCAGAGGUGUACAAUAUGCUGAGGUGCGCCAUAGUAUCGACUCUGAUACACUUGGAGAAGGCUCUAGGUUCUGAGAGCGUUCUUCUGGAGCCAUUAGUAGUAAACGUCGUAGCUCUGAGUGUCGAUGUCAAUCAAGAGGGGCACGUUUAUUUAUUAGAAGAUGGAUUGGAAUUGUGGAUAGCUUUAUUGGAAAACACGCCUACACCGACUCCAGCCAUAAUGGAUCUCUUUAGAAACAUACCAGCGUUAUUGGAUCAAUCGUCGGAGAAUCUGCGUUUAUGUUUGUAUGUAAUUCAAGUGUACAUAUUGCUGAGUCCGCAAGAUUUCUUUACUCAGAGGGGAUCGGUGGUCAUCGAGUCGUUGAAAUCGUUGCUCAGUGAUCUGCGGUCCGAGGGUAAAGUGAUGGUGCUCAGAUUAUUCGAGAUUUGCCUCAGAGCUUCUCCUCAACAGGGUGCGGAACUGAUAAAGACUGUUUUGCUAAAGAUAUUCGAGGGAGUUUACAACGGUGAAGAAUACCCGUUGGUCAUGACCAUGAAUCUGUCUAUCGUCGCGAGAGUUUUACUAGGUUCCCGUGAUAUGUUUGUACAGAUAAUCAGCGAUCUAACGCAGAGUAUAGGAACUGAAACCAGAGACGUUGUACUCGGAAAACUAGUGCACAGCUGGGUCAACGCAAUGCCACAGGUGUCUCAGACUGAAAGGCGCAAAUUACUAGCCCUUGCGCUCUGUUCUUUCCUCGGGGCGAACAGUCCGCCCACGGUUCUCGAGCAUUUCCCACAGAUAAUUUCGAACAUCGUCGAGACGCUCAACGAUAUUACGAAGUUUGACGAUAUGGGCUAUCCUGUUGAUUCCUUAAUGAUUACCGAUCAGCCUAGUCCUUCGCAGUAUGAGGAUGUGGAUUAUGAAACCGAACACGCUCAACGCCAGAAGAGACUCGUCUUCAGUGAUCCUGUGCACAGUAUAUCUUUGAAGGAUACGCUUCAAAGUCAGUUGGUUACGCUGCGAGGUAUAGUUGGCGACCAUCAAUUUGACCAAUUGAUGCUUACUCUCAACCCCGACAUCGACGAACAACUCAAGGACUACAUAUCGCUGUGAGGGGAAAAACAAGAUCAAAACCACGAUGCAGGAUGUUUCGUCAAAUGCUACAUAAACGUAUGAAGCUUUACGGCGUUCUACUGUAAAACGGUACUAUUUUAUUGUAUAAUACCAUCUGUUUCAUUGUAUUAAUAAUGAUAAUAAAAGUAAUCUUGGCCUUGUU